AGAGCACCAGACAGAGGCAUCCCGCAGCAGGAGAGAGGACACUCAUCACCCGGAGAGAAGGAGGAAGCAGAUUCUCGGAUCAUUAAUUUCUAGCCCGAAUUGUUUGCCUUUUCCUGCCAUUGACGCAUUAAUUUUUCUGCAUUUAGUUUAUUGAUUAAUUAACAAGUACCCAGUCAUUUUUUUCAAAAUCAACCUGCGAACCCAGGCUGCAUCCGUCACCAUCUCCAGCGGUUCUGUGUUUCUCAUCCUGCCCGCCCGGUGUGUUGGAUGUGUCGGCCGAGUGCAGCGGUGCUCGCGGUGCUCGCGGUGCUCGCCGCCUGCGUCAGCGGCGCGGCAGCGGCGGCGGCGGCGGCGGGGAGACGCCAGCAGCUCAAUUACCGGCCGGUCAUAGGUGUGUUGGCGCAGGAAAAUCUUCCAGAUGACCAGUUCGCCCGUGGCUCCUCGUACAUCGCUGCGUCCUACGUCAAAUACCUGGAGGGAGCCGGGGCUAGGGUUGUACCCAUACGAAUAAAUCGCACGGAACAAGAAUACACUAACAUCUUCUACUCAAUAAAUGGGUUGUUGCUGCCGGGCGGAGAUGUAGAUAUUCAAACAUCGCAGUUCAGCCGGGCAGCCAAGAUCUUCUACAACUUGUCACUGAAGGCCAAUGAUGCCGGGGACUACUUCCCCAUCUGGGGGACGUGUCAGGGCUUCCAGCAGCUGUCCGUCCUCACAGCCAACAAAAACCUGCUAACCCUCACGGACACCAAGGCCGUGGCUCUACCUCUCACUCUCACACCAGCGGCCCAGUCCAGCCGUCUCUUCCGAAGUUUCCCCAAGGAUCUUCUGCAGUCUCUGGCCGAGGAAAACAUCACCUCCAACUUCCACAGUUGGAGUCUGUCGAUUCAGAACUACAGCCGGAAUACCAAGCUCAAGAGGUUUUACAAGGUCCUGUCCACUAACAAUGAUGGGAAGAAAGAAUUCAUCUCCACAAUGGAAGCCUACCGCUACCCAUUGUAUGCAGUGCAGUGGCAUCCAGAGAAGAGCCCCUUUGAGUGGAUAGAUAAGCCGGGCAUGAGUCACUCCACCACUGCUGUAAGAGCCUCCUUCUACACCGCCAGCUUCUUCGUCUCCGAAGCCAUGAAGAACCAGCACCAUUUCUCCAGUGCUGCGGAGGAAGAGCGAGCUCUCAUCUAUAACUUCUCUCCCGUCUUCAGAGGCACGGACGCCAUCUUCGUGCAGAACUAUUACUUUGAUUGAUGGACAAUAUACCGAAGACCAAACAGACCUGGGAUCAGUCCAGUCAGAAUUUCUCAUAAGUAUCGUCAUCUUGGCCCACGUUUAAUACCAAAUUUUAUACUUUUGUCUCUUACAAUAGCCUCAAACAUCGAGCCAAUUAUUAGCCGUUUAGCUUAGCUAAUUUGCCACAGUAAUUUGGAAUGCAGUGCAAACAGCACAGUGAGGAAAUGCAGCAAUAAUCAAUACCAGAAGAAUUAAACGUCCUCUUUAGUAGUCACUGGUUGCGUUGAGUCGAAUGGCAGAUAAAGAAAAUAAUACAAAUUGAAUUUACUUCUUUGAAUCAGUGUUUCUCAAACAUUUUCAGAACAAGGACCCAUUACCCAAUAAAAAAAACCCAAACCUAAAGUACCCCCUUAUAGCUAAAAUAUCCCCAAAAACAAUAGCCUUCUUACUUCAACAGUAUAUUACAAACAACAGCCAGAUCAAAUCGCUUUUGCCAUCUUAAUACAAGAAGAGGAACACUGGUGCCGCUAUGCUGAGACAUCAGGGAAGCAAUGUCUAUCUUAAAGCUAUAGUGCGUAGUUUCUGUCUCCCCCAUUAGGAAUCCUAAGCAAUGACACCAACACUGUUGGCGCAUCCACACAACACAAGCACCCCCACCCCUCUCCCACGCGUUGGCUACAGUGAAAGCGUUGUCCCUUUAAUUUAAGCUGGACGCAGAGGAUGAUUUAAAACACGAUGGACUCGUCAGAAGAAGUAAUUAUUUUACUUCUUUACCUUAUUUUGAAGUUGUAAAGUCAUUUUUUCAUUUUGUAAUUUUGUUCCACGGGCAGCUAUCAAUAAUCCAAAUCUCUUUAGUGUAUGUAUACAUACACUAAAGAGAUUUGGAUUAUUGAUAUAUAUUUAUAUAUAUAUAUUACAUAUUGAGAAAGAGUUCAUCUUGACAUGAUUGUAUUCUUGCGUGUCUAUGUGGGCAUUUCCACAUUUUUAUUCCUCAACAAAAACAGUAUUUUGGAUAUCACAUUGUCAGAGAAUGCUAUAUGUCUGUUGAGAUUAUUAAGAUUAGAGAAAUUAUAGUUUUUACAUUGGAAUAUUUACUGUAGCAAUUUCAGUAGGCCCAAAUGGUGGCAUUUAUUUUAUACAAGGGGGGGAGGUGUUGUCAUUACACACCAACAAUGUUCCUUAUGGGGGAAAAGUGGAUGGUAUGGAUCAGUUCCCGAUUGUCUGAUUUUUAAAUGUAACAUUGAAUGUUUAACGGUGUAGCAUGGCCUCCUGUCUUGAAACUUUGUUUUUCUUCAAUAAUCAAAUUUUUUAGCUAGUCUACCAAACCAAUAAGGCUCAUCCUUUUUAAAAUGUUUAAAUGUUAUCAGAUUAUUUUUUAUUAUUAUUAUUUCAGUGUUGUGGAAAUUAAUUUCUCGCAUUUUGCAUCCCCGCAUUGAACCCCAUUCUGCUGAAUAAAAUACAGCCAAUGAGAAACUGAUUUCCCUUUUGUGUAUGAAUAAAAAAAACAAAAUAAUGGACCCUACACACUUACUUGUCCAAAUUCUACUUUUAGAAUAUUCGUUAUUAUAUUUAUCAGCUCAAAUCAGUGGCUUUGGAUACAUUGAUUGCACAUCUGAUUGUACAAGGUUUUGCUUGUUUAUUUCAUCAUGUGCCAGAUGAUUGGACAAUAAAAGAAGUAAAACUCAA